AUGGAUUUCUUGAAUAUUAACCCAUUACUUUUCCCAGUUCUGAUUGCAGUUCUUGCAGCAUUUCUGAUAAAGAUGGUGCUUUUGAAGAAGGAUAAUAAAGGUACCAUCCUGUUGGGUGCACCAUUUUUCACCUCAUCCUCAAUUUCAACAGGCUCUAUGACUAUCUUACAGACCUCACUCACAAAAACACCACUUUCCGAAUCCUUUUCCUCAAGACCAACUUUGCAAACUACGGAAAGUUUAUCAGCCGAAGUUGACCUGGGUAAUAACCCCAAAAUGUUAAAGGAUUCACUCCACCACGAUGUCUUGGAGAGCCUUCUAGGAGAUGGUAUCUUCACUGUCGAUGGCGAAAAAUGGCGACAGCAAAGAAAGUUGUCCAGUUACGAAUUCUCAACCCGAAACCUCAGAGACUUUAGCUGUGGCGUCUUCAAGUCCACUGCCGCAAAUUUAGCCCACAUUAUUUCGGCAGCUGCGAAUUCGAAUCAAAUUAUUGAAAUCCAGGCAUUGUUGAUGAAAUCGGCACUGGACACGGUUUUCAAGGUCGUUCUCAGUGUCGACCUGGACAGCACGUGCAGGACGAAUGAUGGUUCGCAAUUUUCGGAGGCUUUUGACAAAGCAAGUGAGAUUACAUGUUAUCGUUACAUAGACAUGUUAUGGCCGAUCAAGAAGUUUCUCAACAUCGGGUCUGAAGCCAAAGUCAAGGAAUGCAUCAAAAUCGUCAAUGCAUUUGUUUACAAGGUCAUCGAGAGCAAGAUGGAACAGAUGAGCAAGCCCAACCAAACGAACAGGAGUGAUAUACUGUCGAGGUUUCUGCAAAUGGACCAAAAGGACCCCAAAAUGAAAUCUUUGUGUGGUGAAGAUGCAGAGGAGUUUCGGCCAGAGAGGUGGCUCGAUGAAAAUGGUGUCUUUCAGCAACAGAGCUCUUUCAAAUUCACAGCAUUUCAGGCUGGCCCGAGAAUCUGUCUGGGGAAGGAGUUUGCAUACAGACAGACGAAAGUUAUUGCAGCCAUGUUGCUAAGUGCCUUUUCGUUUAAGUUAGCUGACGAGACAAAACCGGUGAAUUACCGAACCAUGUUGACUUUGCAGAUAGAUGGAGGCCUCCAUCUUCGUGCUACUUCCAGGAUUAUCAACAAAUCAAAUGAACAAAUAAAUACAGAAUAG